AUGGCUUUUCGUGAGAAAACAGCCAUAGACAGUGCAGGUUUCCCAAAGUAUAAACGUUCGGAUAAUGGUAGUACAACGAGCAAGAAAAAUGUUGACGUUGACAAUCGGUUCAUUAUUCCCUAUAAUGCGACGUUGCUUCUUAAGUAUGGUUGUCACAUAAACGUUGAGUACACUUGCCAGACGUCAGCUAUAAAGUAUUUGUUUAAGUACAUGCACAAAAGUAAUGACCGUGCAUCUUGGAGGCUAUUCAGGUUUGAGAUUCAGUUCAAAGAGCCUAACGUCAUACGCCUUCCAUUCCACUUGCCAAAUGAACAGAAUGUUUUGUAUGAAGAUCAUCAGUUUAUUGAAAAUGUAAUCGAGACUGCGGUCUCAAAGGAUAAUAUGUUUAUUGGAUGGUUGAAGGCUGACAAGGAUUUUGAUGUUGCCCAUACCCUAACCUACGCAGAGAUGCCGUCGUAUUUUAUUUUUUGGGAUAAGCAAGGGCAUAUAUGGAAGCCGCGGAAGCAAGGGCAUGUGAUUGGUCAUCUCAAACAUAUUCCUCACUCGCAUGGAGAUGAGUACUAUCUUCGUUUGUUAUUGAACUAUCAAAAAGGGUGCCAGAGAUUUGUUGAUAUUCGUUCUGUUGGUGGCGUUGUGUACGACACAUUCAAAGAAGCCUGUUAUGCUCUCAGGCUGUUACAAGAUGACAGGGAAUUUAUUGAUGCAAUUAAUGAAGCCAGUUCGUGGGCUUCACCGAAUUAUAUCAGGAGGUUGUUUGCAAUGCUUUUGAUGUCAAAUAACAUGGUCCGCCCCAACAUGGUCUGGGAACAAUGUUGGCAACAUUGUGCAGAUGACACGAUGUUUGACAGGACACAUAAUUUAGGUUUCGAGCAUUCUGCUGACGAGAUCAAGUCCACCACUCUUGCCAAAAUUGAAAAAUUGUUGCCGCCGAAUGGUAGGACACUUGAAGAAUUUACUGACAUGCCAUUUCCGAAUUUGGUGGAUUCCAUUAAACCUCCUGACACAAUCUUCUUUGAUGAGCUCAAUUUCAAUAAAACCAAGUUGGCAAGUAUUUCUGUCGAUUUAGUUUUCCGCUUGAAUCGAGACCAGCGUGUCGCGUACGACACAAUAUUCAAUGCAGUCAGUCGUGGCAUAGGUGAUUUUUUCUUUGUUUAUGGAUAUGGUGGAACUGGAAAGACUUUUCUAUGGAAUGCACUUUUCGCUUCAAUAAGGUCGAAAGGUUAUAUUGUUCUAAAUGUGGGAUCCAGUGGCAUUGCAGCGCUAUUGUUGCCUAAUAGGCGAACUACUCAUUCACGCUUUAAGGUUCCACUCAGUGUUAACCAAGAUUCCAUUUGUAAUAUAAGGCAAGGCACACCUCUCGCACAUCUUAUUUCAUCUGCAAAAUUAAUUAUAUGGGAUAAGGCACCUAUGUUAAACAAAUUUUGCUUUGAAGUGCUCGACAAGUGCCUUAAGGAUGUUCUUCGUUUUGAUCAUGGAUAUAAUCCCGAUGCUCCAUUUGGAGGAAAAGUUGUUGUUCUGGGAGGUGACGGGUUAUUAAGAGACAGUACUGAUGGCGAAUCGGUGAUUAGAAUACCAGACAACUUGCUAUUGGAUAUUGAGUCUCUGGGUCUCCAUGAUUUGGUGUUGUUUGUUUAUCCUGACAUUUUACUCCGUACUUCUAGCUUGGAUUAUUUUAAGGACAAGAGUAUAUUGGCACCAACACUUGAUGUUGUGACUGAAGUUAAUAAUCAUGUGAUGUCUUUGAUCCCUGGAAAUGAAAAGGUUUACCUGAGCUCUGACACGAUGCUUAAUGAAGAUGGUCACUUAGAAUCUGAAUUAUACACAAUGAGCACAGAGUCGUUGAAUGCGUUGAAUUGUUCUGGAAUUCCUCAACACAGGUUAGUUCUUAAAAUUAGUGUUCCUGUCAUGCUUUUUCGCAAUAUUGACCAAUCUAAUAGACUAUGCAACGGUACGCAAAUGCAAGUUAGGCGACUUGGUGAUCAUGUCAUUGAGGGCGUCAUAUUAGCAGGUCGUAAUAUUGGUGAAGUUGUCUUUAUUCCCAGGAUGAAUAUGGUCCCUAAUAAUGAAACAUUACCGAUCAGGUUUACCUAG